AUGUUUCCUGUUGUUCUCUCUCUUUUCGCUUCCACUGUUGUCGCGCAAAACCUUUUGAUGGGUAUGCUAUGCGAAGACACGACUCAAUGUUCACAGGGACUUGCCUGUUGUGCACCAUGUGUAGCUGAUCUCCCAUGUGGACCUGGGUCUGCGAUUCCGGCAAUCUGCGCACUCGGCGGGUGUCUUCCCGGUGUACACGAGUUCAGCAACAUUACCAACAACUUGGGAAGCUCUGUGAGCCCCGUGAAUUCGACCAACAAUGUUGUGACCAUCACUCCCAGUCAACCUGCUGUCAAUCCGAAAACAACUGAACUUCCCAGCAAUUCUACUCAACCACAAAUCAGCGAU